UUGGCUGUUUGCAAGGUGGCACCUGGCUCAGAGAGAGGAAACUGGACCUCACACCCUGACAGGGAUGGUGAUCCAGGGAGGAUGAGCGAGCAUCACCCAGGAGAGGCACCCUCACACCCCUCCCAGGCACCGUUUUCUCGCAUCCUGCGAAUAAACCAGCAAUUUAAUCCAAGUGGUGCUGCUGCAGCAGGGCCUGGUGACCGUCUGACCCUCAUUGUACCCCCUACCCAUCAGCAUCCCACCCUGCUGGAGUUAUAAAUAUGACACAAUAGAGCCUUAACUGGAUUAUAAUUAGACAAUGAGCCUGGGAGGACGGAAACAAUGAACUAUAUAAGCCUGUCUAUCCUCCCAGCCAGGACCUGCACACACGGGAAACACUGGAAUGGGCGACUCACCAGGACCUGCAGUAGGAAAGCUGCGGAUUUCCUCCCAGUUGGAUUCGGAGCAUCCUUUAACAGCUCAUGUUCCUGUCACCAGGUUUUACACAGCCCUGGUCACGGGAGACCUGAGGAGCCUCGAGGUCCUGACUGACCGAUACCAUCAAGAUGUCAACCUGGUUUUUGAGAUCAGUAAAAAUGAGCUGGAGUGGCAGGUGAAAAGCCAAGCGUCUUAUGGACUCUCAGGGCUGUGGGCGCUGGAGCGGCGCUGGGAGCGGAGCACCCCGCUGUGCCUGGCUGCCCACCACGGCCACCCCGCCGCCCUGCGACACCUGCUCCGCCGCCACGCCCAGCCUGACCUGGCCCCGGGCRCGCAGGGACCCCUGCACGAGGCCUGCCGGGGGGCACACACCGACUGCGUGGAGCUGCUGCUGGAGUACCGGGCGGACCCCAACCUGCAGAGCGAGGAGGGGCUGGCCCCGCUGCACCUCUGCACCACCUGGGACUCCCUGGGGGUAGGCAGAAAACCAGGACCAGGACUUCAACUCCAUGAUCCUUAUGGGUCCCUUCCAGCUCAGGAUAGUCUAGUGCUGAGGUCCUGUGCGGCCGUGCCAGAGGUCAUUGAAGUCCUCUUCAAUUCCUACUCACAAAUCCCUGUCUCCCAGGAGUGGUCCGAGGCUGUGCCAGAGGAGGUGUUCCAGCAGCACCAGCCGUUCUACAAGUCCCUGUUCCAGCUGGCGGGUGCCGUGCGGUGCCUGCAGCACUUGUGCCGCUCCGCCAUCCGGGAGAACCUCGGCAGCAGGUGCCACAGCCUCAUCCCUCUGCUGCCUGUGCCCAAGGCUCUGCGGGAAUACCUGCUGCUGGAGCCCGAAGGAGUCGUGCUCUGAAGGAGCAGAUCCACGUCCAAGUGCAGCCCUGCCUUCCCCGCACGGAGCAGGGCAGCCUCCGUUCCUGCCAGCCGAGCCAGGGAGCGCAGCUUCCCGUGAUAGAUGGCUGUUUUCCAGGGAUUUAUAAUGUAACUGAAAUGUGCUUUCGCCUGUAACUUUGUAUAGAUUUUUUUCUCUAAUUGUGCUUUAAAUAGAUUAUAAAGAGUAAUAAAAUGAUUAGUAGCUGUUGGGA